AUGUCGGCAACUCCUCAGCCUCGGAAGUUGGGGGAUGCAGAGUUAUCUGGUCGUGAUGAGCAGUCCAAACAAGUGGCAUCGCAGACGAUUUAUGAUGGCCCGGAGCAGCUCAUAGCACCCGAUCAAUUCGACGAGCGAUUCCGCACCACACGCUGGGAGAUUUGGGCCUAUUAUGCAUACUACAUUGGGAACAAUGGAUUAUCACUAUUCAAUUUCGCCCCAACGGCAUUUCAGAAUCUCCUCUACCAGGCUGCAGGGGACAGCGGCACCCUGCUCUUUGCGGGCCGCCCACGCUCCAUCAACAGCAUCGUCCUCCUCAGCAACGGCAUCUCCUUCGCCAUCCAAACCGUCAUCUUCCUGGUGCUCGGCAGCUUCGCUGACUUCGGGACCUGGCGGCCGAAUAUCCUCAUUGCGCUCUCGCUCAUCGCCUACGCACUGGGUUUCGGCUGGCUAGGCGUCCACACGCAGGAAAAGUGGCAUGUCGGGGUGGGGCUGUACAUCGUCGGGCUGAUCGCAUACCAGACGACGCUGACGUUCUGGACGGCUGCGUUCCCGGGUCUGGCGCGCAACACCGUCGAGAUGAAGGAGAAGGCCGAUGCGUAUGUCGCCGGGCAGAUUUCGCGGGACGAGUACGACGACGCGGAUACGAUGCAGCGCAGCCGGCUGGCGAACGUGGCCUUCUAUGUGCAGUCCGUGGCGGAGAUAUUCAUCCUCGCGAUCAUCGUUGGGAUUAUGUUCGGCCUGCGGGUGGACGACAGCCCGGAGAAUAAUAACUGGGGGCUGAGCGUGCUGGUUGCGUUCGCCUCGGGGGUGUGGCUGCUCGUCUCCCUCCCCUGGUUUUUCCUCGAGAAACGACGGCCGGGCCAGGAUCCGCGCGGGAAUAUCAUCGUCGCGGGACUCAUGCAGCUGUACCGGGCGGGAAGGGAUGUAUGGAAGCUCAAGCAGAGCUUGGUAUACCUAAUUGGCUACUUUCUUCUGGGCGAUUCCCUCAACACCACCGUGACUGUGAUCGCAACCUUGCAAAAUAGCAUUGUCGCAUAUAAUACGCUACAACUCACAUAUCUCUUGAUCGUCGGCAUCGCAGCUCAGGCGAUCGGCAUCUACACCUUCUGGUUCCUCCAACGCCGAUACCACCUCAGCACAAAGACCAUGUUCAACGCCGUCGCGGUGGGAAUCAUCCUCCUCGACGGCUGGGGCAUGAUCGGAAUCUGGACACAGCGAUUCGGCUUCCACCGAGCCUGGGAGGUCUGGGUCUACCAAGCCUUCUACGGCCUCUUCGUCUGCCCCUGGUACAGUUACUCGCAGAUCAUGAUCUCCGAGGUCACCCCGCGCGGCCACGAGUUCCUCUUCUUCAGCCUGUUCAGCAUCAUCGGCAAGACGUCCUCGUUCAUCGGGCCGAUUGUCUCGAGCGCGAUCAUCGAUGCGAGCCCGUCUGGGAACGUGUCCACCCCGUUCUACUUCCUCUUUGCGCUCAGUCUGUUUAGUUUCGGGAUUCUGCUUUUCGGCGUCGAUCUGAAGAAGAGUCGACGCGAGCAGGAGGUUUUUCUUCAGAAUAAGGCGCGCUUCGAGCAGGAGUCUGGCGACGGAGUGAAGGUGUAG